AUGGGUUCUCCUUUGUCACCUAUCAUAGCGGACAUCGUACUGCAGGAUUUAGAAUAUAAGGCAUUGUCUAGUUCUCCACCAACUGCCAAUUCCAAUGCUACGUUAAAUGUCGAUACAUCAAAUGUGAUAUUUGAAAUCGAGGAAGGCACUUGCGUCCAUCAAGCUAUAAUUGUGAUAUUUGAGAAUACAAAUGACAAAGAUAAUAUUAAAGAUUCUGCGUAUGUUACUGAAUAUGCUCUUUGUAACGAUGAGAAUCUUAAUGCAUUAAUUGUUAAUAAUAACAACAUGAUGAGCGAUUCUUUACCAACUACCAAAUCCAAUGCUAUAGAAAAUGUUUCGACAAUAUUAAAUGAGCUGUCUGAUAUAGAACAAAGUGUUCAAUAUUGUAUACACGAAGAGAAAAUUGAAAAUAUUACGUACGACAAGCAGUUGAAUAAUACGUAUAGUAUUACUGAUAACAAUAAUGCUUCUUCAAAUGCAAACAACACUCAUGUUAUCGAUAUUUCAAAUAAUACAUUCACUCCAGCUGCGGAAUCUACACUCAUAGAGAAUCAGUUAAAUUUAAAGUGUGAAAUCAAUGAUGAUAAUAUUGAAUCUGAUACAUCUAUCACAUCUAAGAAUUUCGAAGAUUCGAGUUUUCAUUUGUCAGAUUGCUCUAUGCUUGAAAACACAGAUCAAGAUGAUGAAGGUGAAAAUAAAAUUGAAAGUACAAUUGAUACAAGUAAAAAUAAAACUGUAAACAGUACAUUAAAUUUAACACCAUCAUGCUCAUUUAAAGUAUGUGAUGACAGAAAUAUGUAUAUAGAAACUUCUGACAAUCCUAAAUUGAAACGAAAUAUGUGUCCAUAUUGUAAAAAGCUUCAAACGCAAUUUGCAAGGCACUUAGAAUUAGUACAUAAAACUGAAGAAGAUGUGAAAAAGUUUUGUUUUUUACCUAAAGAUAAGCAAUCCAGAACGAAAAAAGAUUAUUGA